AUUGUAGGAUAUCAGGACAGUAGACACAGCUUCUGAUUGGCUAAUUGCAAAUUUGGGUAUGGCACUUUAACAAAUUGUGCAAUACUUUGGUGAUCUCCUUGGGCAAUUCAAAAUACCAAAUGUUAAGACAUUAUGCAGGAUUCAAUAUCCUACGAUAACCACAUUAAUAUAUUUAAUAUACAACAUCCUUCUUCUUUGUGUCAAGUCAUUGACACAAAGAGUGCUUCCUCUUUGUGUCAAGUCAUUCGUCAAGAAUAUUAAGUAAUAGAACAACAGAUGACCCUUUAAAUUGGUCUCAUGCAGUAAUAUAGCACAACAUCACAUUUGAGUACUAUGUGUACUUGAUUAAGUUGGGUGUUACAAUAAACAGUAUUAUUAUAUGGCAAGGUAGUCUUGAGGUCAAUCCGAGCAUUCUGAUUGUUUCUUUCUUGGUCAGGAUUUUGCCAUAUGACCGUAGAAAUGGUCAUUAGCCUUUUUUGUUUUGUUUUCAAAAUCCAGCAAGCAUGGCCCAAGUGCCAUACAAUAAACUACUUACUAACUUAACUUGUGCAAACUGUAGUGGGGAUUAUUGACCCUCGGUCGUUUUUGUACAGAAAUCACUGCGCUUACUAUAUGCUAUAUGGGGAUUAACUGUCUUACCCCUUCAUCACCUUUUAUUCAGUCUUGUAGUCUAUUAUCAGUUGUUAAAUAACACAUGCUCACCUUUAUUACUUUGAUUUAAAUCUUAAAGAAACAAAGGAGAAGCUUAUGUGUAAGAGUUUGGUCUUCUUUGCAAUUAAUAACUUAUCAACUGAAUAGGGAUAUUGUUUCCUCUGCAAUUAAAUAACUUAUCAAAUACAUGUACAUAAAUUAAACAUUAGUUGUUAUCAUCUGGGUGAGGCUGGACAGUCACAACUUACUGUUUCACCAACUUGUGGGCAUUUGAUAAACGUUUUGAUGCACUAAAUGAAAUUCACUAAGUAGCAGAACUUUGAGCUUGCUGAUCAAGUUUUGAUCAACCUUGUACACAGAGUACAACCUUAGCUAUAUUAGAAUUGUUUCUCAAAUAAUAUGUGAAAAUACUAGAGUAAGAUCUGCAGACAACUAAGUUUUACACUUAACUGAUGCCAAUACUGACCUCUUGUUUUAGGAAUAUAAAACGUACAAGGAAACCUUUGUCAAGAAAUUUGAGCUCACAAGAUUACCACGUUUUCUCAUUAUGUGUGUCAAGAGGUUUACAAAAAAUAUGUUCUUUGUGGAGAAAAACCCCACCGUCGUAAAUUUUCCGGUCAAGGGGGUGGACAUGGCAGAGUACCUGGUGUCAGAUCCUGCCAUACAGGAUGCACAUCCUCACACUCAGUAUGAUCUUAUUGCAAACAUUUGUCAUGAAGGAGAACCAGGCAAAGGUAAGCUGAUGCACUUUCCUCUUACUAUGUACUUACUUUAGUUUGUAAAUACUGUUUGGUCUUACUGCCUGUGGGAACAAAAAUAGUGGCCAG